AUGAGGGGACAUCGGCAGAUGGAGUUCCAAGAGGACUUCUGGCUCCCCAUCACUGUGGACACUGACAACAUCUCAGCGAUUAGCCCAUUCCUGGUCCCUCAGGACCAUUUAGGAAGCCGGGGGAUCUUUUAUGCAAUGUCAGCAUUGAUGUUCUUCUUGUUUGUGUUUGGAACGGGCAUCAACAUCCUUACUAUUGCAUGUACUAUUCAAUACAAGAAGCUCCGCUCUCAUCUGAACUACAUCCUGGUCAACAUGGCUGUGGCAAACCUCAUCGUUUCCUCUGUGGGCUCUUUCACCUGCUUCUACUGCUUUGCCUUCAGAUACAUGAUUCUUGGCCCCCUGGGGUGCAAGAUUGAAGGAUUUACUGCUACUCUUGGAGGCAUGGUGAGCCUUUGGUCACUGGCUGUGAUUGCAUUUGAAAGAUGGCUGGUUAUCUGCAAACCACUUGGAAACUUUGCCUUCAAGUCGGAACAUGCUAUAGGCAUGUGUGCCCUUACCUGGGUUUUUGCUUUGGGUGCUUCAGUUCCUCCUCUGGUUGGAUGGAGUAGAUAUAUUCCAGAAGGUUUCCAGUGCUCAUGUGGACCAGACUGGUACACAACAGGCAACAAGUACAACAACGAAUCCUUUGUGAUGUAUCUCUUCUGCUUCUGCUUUGCUGUCCCUUUCUCUGUUAUCUGCUUCUGUUAUUCACAGCUGCUCCUCACCCUGAAAUCGGCAGCGAAAGCCCAAGCUGAGUCUGCCUCCACCCAGAAAGCAGAGAGGGAGGUGACCAGGAUGGUGGUCCUCAUGGUGCUGGGCUUCCUGGUGUGCUACGUGCCAUAUGCCUCUUUUGCUCUCUGGGUUGUCAACAACCGUGGGCAACCGUUUGAUCUGAGACUUGCAACCAUUCCCUCCUGUGUCUCAAAGGCCUCCACGGUUUACAAUCCUGUCAUCUACGUCCUCCUCAAUAAGCAGUUCCGCUCAUGCAUGAAGAAGCUGCUGGGGAUGAACGUCAGCGACGACGACGACUCGUCAACAACUCAGUCAACAACUGAAGUCUCAAAAGUUGGACCAUCUUAGGUCUUUAGGUUGUCUUCCUUUUCAUGAAAUGGAAAUAGGAUU